AGAUAUUUUUUACUGUAACCGGGGUCUUUGCACAAUAAAACCGAAACUCAUGAGAGUUGAAGAAGAGAGAGGGAGGCGAAGUGAGGAGAGGAGAGGAGAGGAAGCUGAAGCAAUCUUGAGAGAGGGAGAGACUCUCUGAGUAUUCUUUUGACUCACUUCCUCUCUUCUCUUGCACCCUUCGAUAGAGACUGAUACAUUAACAACAACUCAAUGCAUAAGUUGAGUAGAACCAACCGUGACAAGCUUCAGCAGUACGUGUCUAUUACAGGAGCUAGUGAGAAGAGUGCUCUUCAGGCUCUUAAAGCCAGUGAUUGGCAGAUCGAAGCAGCUUUUGAUGUGUUUUACAGUCAGCCACAGCCUAAAAGCAAUGGUGACCUGAGACGCUUGGAAGAGCUCUUCAAUAGAUAUAAAGAUCCAUAUUCUGAUAUGAUUCUAGCGGAAGGUGUCUCGGUUCUCUGUAGUGAUCUUCAGGUGGAACCUCAAGACAUUGUCACGUUGGUUCUUUCGUGGCAUAUGAAUGCUGCCACAGCGUGUGAAUUUUCCAGGGAAGAAUUUGUUGGUGGAUUACAAGCAUUAGGCGUAGAUUCCAUUGGGAAGUUGCAGGAAAAGCUGGCAUUUAUGCGUUCUGAGCUUAAAGAUGAACAAAAGUUUUAUGACAUCUACAGCUUUGCUUUUGGGUGGGCGAAAGAGAAGGGGCAGAAGUCUCUUGCUUUAGAUACAGCGAUUGGGAUGUGGCAGCUGCUCUUUGCAGAAAAAGAGUGGCCUUUGGUGAAUCACUGGUGUGACUUCUUGCAGGAUCGUCAUAACAAGGCCAUAUCUAAGGACACAUGGGCACAGCUCCUGGAAUUUGCAAGGACGGUGAACCCGAUGCUGUCUAAUUACGAUGCAGAAGGAGCAUGGCCGUACCUCAUUGAUGAAUUCGUUGAGUAUUUGUAUGACAAGAGCGUUGUUGACAAGUAACCUACCAUCUGGGAGAAGUGAGUAGCUCUAUUUUACAAUUUAUUACUAUUCUUUAGUGAGAUUUUUUUGUUUUCUUGUCUGAAUCUUCACAUUUGAUGAUCUUCUAACUUUCAGACUAAUCAGUUUUUAGCUUAAUGAAACCAACAACUCGAUCCUCUGUUA